AUGAGAAGGAUCCUGUUACCCUUGAUUUCACUCUUGGGCAUUGCUAGCUACGUGGAUGCUAGACACAAUAUCAUUGAUCAUGGAGCUAUCCAUAAUCAAUCUGACACUGCAACUGCGUUUAAGAAUGCCUAAGCCUUUUUGGAUGCAGUGAUAGCAGCAAACAGCUCUGAAACUGACAGAGAAGUUUACAUCCCCAAAGAAAAAGGCUAAUUCUUUACACUUAUGCCUACUUAACUUAACAAUCUUAAGAAUAUAACCUUCACCAUUGAUGGGUAUGUGUAUCUAUCUGAUGAUAAUAAGAACUGGCCAAAUGAUGGUAAAACUGUGCUAGAUUUUAUUCAUAUCAAUGAUUCUGAAGACAUUCAUAUCAGAGGAGAGGGAACUUUUGAUGGCCAAGGCUAUUGGUGGUGGAUGAGAGAAUACAUUGUUGCAAAUAAAUUCAGCAGACCUUAAAUUCUUGGAAUGAAUCGGGUGUAGAAUUGCAUAAUAGAAGGAGUCAGGUUUUUAAAUUCUCCAAGAUUCCAUAUGUAUUUGUAGGAUAUUAAUAAUUUCCUUAUUUAAGACCUAGAGAUCAGAGUUGAUGUUUUAUAGCAAAAGAAACUUGCAAUAAAAUAUGGAAAAUAUAACUUCAAGUUUGGAAUUCCAACAUUCCCUUUGAAUACUGAUGGUAUUGAUCCUUCUGGUAGUAAUAUUCUUAUCAGAAAUGUUAAUAUAACCAGUUAUGAUGAUUCUAUUGCAAUCAAACCAUCUCAUGGGGAUCGUAUAAUUGCAAAGUGUUCUGAGAACAUUAGAGCUGAAAAUAUUACUACAUGGAUGGGCUUAGGAAUGACUAUUGGCUCAGUACCUCCUAAUUAACACCAUUCUUGUGUUAGAAACGUGACUUUCAAAAAUGUUGAUUUCUGGUUCCCAAUCAAAGCAGUCUAUAUCAAGUCAAAUCCAGGAACAGUAGGAGAUGGAGUCAUUGAAAAUAUUUUAUAUGAAAACUUAAAGAUCUUUACUCCUGUAUGGUGGAAUAUUUAUAUUGGCCCUCAACAAUAAAAGUAGCCAGAUGGCCGUGGUCCAGGUUGCAUGCUUUAUCCAAUUUCUAAAGAAUGCGAGACCCAACCUAGAAUAACAAUGAGAAACAUAACUUUAAGGAAUAUUCAUUCAGUUGGAGGGUUCUUACCAGGCAUUGUUAGAUGUAACGAGACCAAUCCUUGCACUGACUUCACUUUUGAAAAUGUCAAGCACGACGGCCUCAUCUCCGACUUCAAGUAUGGAUUUAUCACUGAGAACAUCUUUGGAAAAGUUAUUGACUCAUAUCCAGCACCAAGCUUUAAUCAAUCCUCUACCAAUGAGGACAUUGAAAAAAUCGCAAACUACUUCAAGAAAUACCUUCAUGAACUUGAAGCAGUUGAGGAAUGA